CCUGCGGUAGGGUUUAUUUACUAUGCAGUUGGACUAGGCAGGGCAAUAAGUCCCUUGUCUAUCCCUUAUAGACAGUUCCAGGGACUUCACCCUGUCAUGCACUACAAUCUGCUUCCAACUGCUUUUGCUUUGUGAUUUUACUACUACUCUGUAGUGUGUGCGUGUGUAGCUCUUGGGGUUUCUGAGAGUUGUAAUUCAACACACCCAUAUGCUUAUCAUUCCUGGAAUGCAAUGCCUUGAAUCCAUUUUCUGCAGUAUUUGUGCUGGCAUGGCUGUGAUUAGUUCAGUAUGCUGAAUCCAUUUAUGCAGUGACAUUUCUGUGCGGGUCAGUCCUGAUUCUCGGCUCCCAGCCUGUGGUCUUGCAAGAUGAGAACAGGACAUAAUGAAUGGGACCCACACCCAACCCAGACUCUAUGUAGAUGCACAGGCUUAAGCCAAAAGUCCUGCUACCAGCAAGUCAAGAGGUAUGGAGCCAGAAUCACCACUCCAGAUACUGGAUAAUGAUUACAGACUUAAAGAGAAGAUCAAGAAUAUCAUAAAGAAAUAUGAUGUUGGGACCCGGUUUGCCAGUAUACCACUUCAAAAAGCCUCAGUUCUGCUACCUCUUUUUAUAAAGGAAGGGAAAAUCAAUUUGCUAUUCACCGUCAGGUCAAUGGAACUUAAGACCAUGCCAGGAGAUGUGUGCUUUCCAGGAGGACGGCGUGAGCAGACUGACAGGGAUGAUAUACAAACUGCUCUCAGAGAAGCCAAAGAGGAAAUUGGCCUAUGUCCUGAGCAGGUGGAGAUCAUUGGCCGACUUAUUCCAUGCAUGUCAGUGUCACCAAGAUAUUUGAUCACACCAGUUGUUGCAGUUGUAGAAGAACCAUUCCAGGCCUGUCCAGACCCCAAUGAAGUCGCUGAUGUGUUUUUAGUGCCUCUGGAUUUCUUUCUUAGUUCUGAUCAAUAUAGCAUAUUAAAUGUAAAUGUUCCAAGAACUGGAAUUCACAAAAUUCACGCCUUCCACUAUGAAGACAAACAGAAGAAGAAAAUAUAUAAAAUAUGGGGACUAACAGCUCACUUAGCAUUAUUACUUGCAGUCAUUCUUUUGGAAAAGGCACCUUCAUUUGACUACGAUCUGCAGAAUGUUCUGCUGUCGGCUGAGAAUGCUCUCUUGAGUUCUUACAGUAGGAUGUAAUAAUACAAGCACAAUAUUGUGCCACACUUUAAACAGUACUGUUAAAAUGUGGCUUUACUUGUUUUAAAUGCAUUCAUGCAAUUGUCUGAGUUGGACUGACUUCUAUAAGAUACAUCUAUAUCUGCUGCAUCUGAAGAUUUUAUUACCUGUAACUCACAGAGCCUGAAUGCCUUCCUGUAUUAUGUGUAGACUUUGCACCACUGUCCAGCCAACUGUUAUCUCAGACAGAUAACACUGUAGGCAAAUGUGAUUCCAUUGAUCUGAUAAGAAUCUGUGAGAGUUCUUUCAUUUUAUGUUUUCUUUCAGUUUUUUUUUUUUUUGUAAUUAUACAAAUGGAGCAAAUAGCACAGCUAUUAUUUACUUAUAUUCAAAUUUAUCUCAUUAUUUAAAUGAAAAAAAAAGAAACCACAACCAAACUCCCAUACCCGAUUUUACCUUAUUUGUUAUUAAAAAAGCAUGAUUUAAUAGGUUCGGGUAAAAACUUGAUAAAAUCGAGCGAAAACCCAAAUCAUAUAAUUAUUUUCCGUGUAUUUUCCCAGAAUCGCUCGAUUUGGUUCUGCCUUUUUCCCCAAAAAGCUAGAAUUUUUUGAGUUUUUGGCCAAAUGGACAGAUUUUUGGGCUAAUUCUAGCUCAGACCACAUAAACAGCAAAAUAAUAUAGGGACCUCUGCCAUUGACUAAUACACCACCUCGGCAGGUCUGAGAUGGCGGAUUUUCAUAUUCAGGUUUUUUGCAGCAAUCGGACUUUAAUAAAUCUGGAAAAAGCCAGAGCAGAGUUAAGUAAAUAACUCCCUUAAUGUGCAAAGAGCCCUGUAACCACAUAUAGUUGCCUGAUAAGUAUAUACAGAAUUGGGGGCAAGGCAAACCACCCAGGGAACAUCAGUAGCACACUCCUCUGCUGCAACAAGCAGUUCAACAAGUGAAGCAUAAGAAUUAAUCCUGCUGCAUUAUGAUUCUGAUGUACUUUUGCAGGCCCUGUAGGGCUUGGGGAAAAUAGUGAUUUGUGCUUGAUAUUUAGCUGGAACAAUAGCUUUAGUACAAGGCAAUCUAGAUAAUGUAUAUACAGUCUGAAAAGUCAGAAUCCCUUUAUCCCACAAAGUAAUUUAUUAUUUUAUUAAUCUUUGAACCAGUAGUCUUUUAUUUGGCACAAUACAUUGACGAAUUAUAACGCAUAUAAUUUUAUGCCGAUAAAAUGUUUUUUAAAUAUUUGUACUGAAUGAAUAACUUGAAUAAGUGUUGACCCAUAUGCAUGUAUGUAUUUUGUGCCAACAAGAAGAUUCAUGUUUUCCUCAGUUUAUUUAAGUGUGUAAAAUACCAGACUAUCUGAAAUGUUUUACUCAGUUAUUCUGCAGAAAACCUCCUUUGCAUCCA